UUGAAGGACCUCAGCCGCUUCAGAAAGUAGAGGCGGCUCUGGCCCUUUCUGUAGACAGUGUCCACGUUCUUGCACCAGUCCAGUUUGUGGUCCAAGUUCACCCCCAAGUACUUGAACAGGUCACAUUUCUGAGCUGAUUAUGUGUAAAUAAUUAAUUAUUGGUUAUUUUUAUGUGUGAUAUGUUUUCUUGUACUGUAUUAGUACAAUGAAGAUGUGUAGCAGGGACUGAAACAGACGGUGAAUGUGACACCUGUUUCAUGUGACACCCCUCCCAUUGUUUAGGUAAAAACUUAACCCAGCAGGAAAUGUAAGUACAGUACAGUCAACAGACAGCAAGGAUUAUUCCGGGGACUAAAGCGAUUCUUUCUUACAAAAACAUGGACGUGCCGACUUCAAGAAGGAUUGUUCUGCUGGGAAAAACUGGAGCUGGAAAAAGCAGCCUGGCUAACAACAUAUUUGGAGAGAAUUUAUUCACCACAAACAAUUCUCCCAACUCUGAAGCCAGCAAAUGUCAAGCAGAAACCAGAUCACUCAAUGGAAGAAGUCUCACUUUGACUGACACUCCUGGGUUUUUUGACACAAAGAGGUCUGAGGAGGAGCUGAUGGCUGACAUCUUGAGGUGUAUCACAGAGUGCUCACCUGGUCCUCACGCUUUUCUCAUCGUGCUGAAGGUGGAGAAAUUCACUGACCAGGAGCAGGACAUUGUCACUAAAAUGUGUCAAUAUUUCUCUGAAGAAGCUUUCAGAUAUACCACAGUCCUCUUCACUCAUGGUGACCAGCUCUGUGAAGGGCAGAAGAUUGAGGAGUUUGUCAGCCACAGUGAGGGCCUGAGUGAUCUGGUGAAGAAGUGUGGAGGUCGCUGCCACGUCGUGGAUAAUAAAUACUGGAAGAACAACCAACAGGGUGAAUACAGGAGCAACCAGUUCCAGGUGGCAGAGCUGCUCAAGACAAUAGAAAAAAUGACUGAGGCAAAUAAAGGAAGGUGCUAUACUAAUGAGAUGCUACAAGACGUGAAAAGAGAAAUACAAGAAGAGGAAGAACGUAUGAGAUCAGCAAACAUGUCGACAGGAAACAUGUCAUUGGAAGAGAUUAAUUCUAAAGCUAAAAACAAUGUUUUUGGGAGGUUAUUGAUCAGAUUAUCAGGUAUUGCAGUCGGUGCCUUGUUAGGAGUUUUCCUUGGUGUGAUUUCAGCAAGAUCAAGUAAAAGAGAGGACUUGUUAUUGGCUGCUCAAAGCAGUGGAGUGGAGGGCCUUAUGGCAGGGUUUAAAGCAGCUGGAGGAGCAGAAAGUCCAGGCAAAGCCAUGGAGAUGGCAGCAACGGCCGUCUUGAGCCAAUGUGGACUUUUACCACAUCAAAACAACAACUAAAGCUUCUGUAGUAAAAAUAUGGGAGGUGGUGGUUGAUAUUUUUUCCAUAUAAAUCAUGUUAAAACUAAUGGGCGAAACAAUAGGGGACUUGUUUUAUGUAUGGGUGAGGCAUUCAAGUUAUUGUUGGAAACCAGGAUGUGGUGAAGUCCUGUUAAAUGUGAGUAUCAGUGUGAUUAACUAAUAAGCUGACACCUGACCGAUGAUCAAUGGUGACCUGCUCUUAAAUUAAAGUAUAACUCAAAAAAAAAAAGUAAUUAUAGUUCAACUAGGGGGACGUGGAAGACUUUAUUCAUUCUGAAUUAAAAUAUCAAUGGACUGUCAUGAGAUUUUUAUUUGUGAGAUGGAAGUGACUAAUAAUUUGAAAUGACCUACAACUAUUUCUCUGAGAUGCUGAAUAACUGGGUUGUUUGUCAUCAGCUGAUUCUUUAUUGAAUAGUUUUUGCAUUUUGUUUUGGGUGAUUCAACAGCAGCUGUGUGUUUGUCAGUCUCAGCUUUGUUCUUCCAGCUGUAACUGUGAACGUUAAGACUUUAUUAGCCCCUGAGCUUUGGAGUUGAGUUAGACAGUAGAUGCUAUUUUAUGUUUAUGUUUAUUUUUAUAUUAUUACUCUUAUAUUUUUUUGUUCUGUAACUCUUAUUCUAUUCUGUUUUUGUAUCCUGCUCUUGUAAUGCUGCAAUUUCCCCUUUGUAGGACAAAUAAAGGUUUUCUUAUCUUAUAUUAUAUUUUCAGUAACUCCUGAGCUCAAUCAAAAUCAGAUCAGCUCUGUCUGGGAAAGAUGAAGAACACUUCUAAUGAUUUUUUGUUUUAUCUUUACGAUUUUUUUUUUUUUUUAAUUGUAAUUAAAGGCAUGGCUUUUGUCAGAACGUGUAUGUUCAUUUGAAAAAACUGCUGUGUGCUUGUGUUUUCCAGUAUUUGUUGUGUUGGACUACAAUAAAAUUUAAAAAGUCA